AUGCAGGUGUGUCACGUGCAGCUGGACCCCCUGCAGGUGACGCAGGUGGCUCGGCUGGACCUGUCAGACUUCCAGGCCGCCAUAGUGCUCUGCGAUGAGGGGUGGGUUGAGGACGGCGACGCGGGCGGGGGCGGCCCUGAGGGGCGGCCGGAGGGCAGUGAGCACGCGACAGACCAGCCGGGGGUGCUGCGGCUGGACUCCUUAGUCAUGAUGGUGCAGCUCAACAUCCGCAAGUGCCUGGCGGACCGCGGCCUGCCCCCCAUCAACAUCAUCUGCCAAAAGGACCCUCCCCCAAACGCCGAAACGCACAUCUCGCGCGCGCCCGUCACCCCACCCCGCGCGCGCGCACCCAGGUCGCCACCGCGGGCCUGA